AUGUACUCCUCCUCCAACACUUUCCUGGGCGGCGCUGCUGGCGGCCGCCCAGGCCAACAGCAACAGCAGCCACAGCCCUCGCCUUUCGGACAGCAGCAACCCCUUCAACAACAACAAAAUAUGUUCUCGCAGCCCGCACUGGCGCCCCAGGCAACCGGAUUCCCAGGUGGACCAAUGCAGCCUCAGUAUACUGGAUUUCCCGGUGCUGCCGCUCCUCAACCUCAACCGCCCAUGCCCGCUCUUGGCCACCUGUCGCAAUCGCAUCUGCAGCCGCAGUACCCUUCGCAGACGGGCUUCCCUGGCCAGAACCAGCAAUCGCAGUUUCAACAACAGGCGCCACCGCAGCAGCAGCAGCAGCAACAACAACCUGCUGCCCCGCAGUUCCCAGCGUCGACGCCUUCGAUUGCCGUGCACAAGACCUCCGCGCAGAUGGCUCAGUCUUUCCAGGAAGUCGAUGGUUCUUCUCGGCCAACUCCGCCGCCCAAGACUGGCGGUUCGAGAAUUCCGAGCAUCAGGCUUUCGUUCAUCACUGCGCAGGACCAGGCCAAGUUCGAGCAACUUUUUAAAGCGGCCGCUGGGGAAAAUCAGACAUUGGACGGUGACAAAGCUAGAGAUCUGUUGAUGCGGUCCAAGUUACCUGGAGGCGAAUUGUCAAGAAUAUGGGUCUUGUCCGAUACCACAAAGUCGGGCCAGUUGUUUUUCCCGGAAUUUGCGCUCGCCAUGUACCUUUGCAACUUGCUAUUGACGCAAAAGGAAAUCCCAGAUGUGCUACCAGAGAAGAUCAGAAAUGAAGUGUCCAGCAUGGUCGAUAUUAUAUCUUUUGGAGUUCCUGACAACCACUCUCCAGCGCCAUCGUCAAAUGUCCCCCUCAUGCAGAACUCGGCCACCCCCCCGGCGCCUCAACAACCCCAACCCCAGCAACCGUCGAAUACCCAAUUGCUCAAUCAACUCACGUCCCAGCCUACAGGUUUCUACAACCAGGCAGCCAACCUUCAAGUUCCCGGUGGAUACUCUGGUUCAAGCUUGGCACCUCAACAAACGGGUUUCCUAGGACAGCCUCAAGCGACUGGCCUUUUGAAUAACCCGCAAGCCGCUGGGUACACUGGGCCGCGCCCUCCUAUGCCGCCAAUGCCUGCUGGGUUUGGAUCGAAUUUGUCACCUUCGCAGACCGGAAUGACCGCAUUGCAAGCACAACCAACAGGAAUUCCCGGUCAAUGGGGGUUCGUCAACGCUCCCGCUACUGGCCUGCCAAACAUCGAAGCUCUGAAGCAGCAGCUAAUGCCCCAGCCCGGCCGCGAAGGCGCCUUCUCUACAGCUGGGCUUUCGGGCAAUGCAACAAUUCCCUGGGCUGUCACAAAAGACGAGAAGAAAAUCUACGACCAGUUGUUCCGCGCUUGGGAUGGUCUACACAAAGGUUAUAUUGGCGGUGAGACUGCCAUUGAGAUCAUGGGACAAAGUGGCAUGCCAAGGGAUGAAUUAGAGCGCAUCUGGACUCUCUCCGAUCCUCACAACCGAGGAAGAUUGAACAUGGAUGAAUUUGCAGUCGCAAUGCAUUUGAUUUACCGGAGAUUGAACGGCUACCCCGUUCCCAAUCGCCUACCUCCAGAGCUAGUCCCGCCAUCGACAAGAAACCUGAACGACUCCAUCGGCACGGUGAAGUCGCUUCUCUCGCAGGAUGCGGAAACUCGGAAAACCACUGGUGCCUUCCUCCAGCCCCAAAAAACCGGUGUUAGCUACUUGAAAGACCACUCAUUCCGUGGCGGCGCUACAUCUCCAGGAGCCAGCCGCCGUGAUGCCACGCUUUUCAAGAACAACGAUGAGUUUGUGGGCUACAAGUCUAGCGCCCGUCGUCGACUUGGAAAUGAAGGCAGGGCGCCAUCUCCAGCAACAUCGCAGACUUCAGAGAAAUCCGAGGAUGAAAUGACUGUGGACCAAUUGAAGAAGAAACUCCGCGAGACAAAGGUUAUGCUUGAUGCGGUUGACUUCAGAGAUCAGAACCAAGCAGAGGAAGACGACGCCUCGGAACGCAGGGACAGACGCGAGGCAGAAUCCAUGAUGGAUCGUAUUCGACGUGUCCAAGACGACAUCGACACUGACCCAAAUGCUGCUUUCCGUCAUGUUGACUCGGGGGCAGAGCGUAGGGCUCUGCGUCGCCAACUUCAGUCUUGCCAGGAUCAAAUCCCCGAGGUUGCAUCCAAUGUGCGCAAGGUAGAGAGGGCCAUCGCCGAAGCAAGACUCGAACUCUUCCGCUUGCAGGAUGCCAAGGCCAACCCGAAUAGUGCUCUGAAUAUUAUCGGAACAGGUCCAGGUGGUGCCAUCACUGAAGCUGACCGAAUCAAGGCUCGUGCUAGAGCUCGUAUGCAGGCGCGUGCUGCUGAGCUGGCUGGACGCCCGAUCCCUGCUUCGGACGACGAGGGGGCAUCCACUCGCCGUCUCGAGGAGGAGAAUGUCAAGAUCAAAGCAGAACGUGAGCGAAACGAGGCCAUGACAAAGGAUGUGGAGGAAAGCGUCAAAGAUUUCUCGGCAAGUCUCGAAGAUAGCUUGAAAGAGGGAACUGAAAACUCCACUCGUGAGCACGAGAGACGCCGAUGGGAAGACGCUUUGGGAGUGGAAGAUAUUAUCAGGGAUUUGAUUUACGAUCUGCAACGUGGUGGUCGGACUGCCAAGAUUCGUAAAGAAGAACAACGAAAGCCUUCUCAACCUUCUGAGCCGGUAUCAGCAAGCGCCGAGCAACCGUCUCGGCCUUCCCCACCUCCAUCAACAGAUUCGGCCGGAUCCUUGGCUGGGCUCACUCACCAGGAACGUGUGGCUUCUGCUAGGGAGCGCGCGCAGAAACGCAUUGCCGAGCGAAUGGCCGCAGCUGGACUCAAGCCUAACAAUGGAGGCGACACCUUGCUACAACGUCAGGAGCGUGAGAAGAAGGAGCGCGAAGAGCGUCUUCGAAAGGCAGAGGAAGAAGACACCAAGCGAGAGCAAGAAAGACAACGUCGUCUGGCAGACGAACAAACCCCGGUGCCUUCGGCAGCGAAAUCUGCAGGGAAAAAGCCUCCUCCAGCACCUCCCUCGCGUAAGAUCAAGCCAGAUACCACAGGUAGUGAGGAAACGGCCAAGGCAGAAGAACUUGCGAUCAAAGAACAAGCUAUUCGGGAAGAGCAGGAAGCACAGGGGGCGGAAACAAAGCGACUUGAGGAGGAGGCCCAUCAGAAGGAAGACGAGUUGCAACGAGAACGGGAUGAACAUGAGGCUCGUCUCCGCGCUCUCGAGGAGCAGGUCCGCCAGGGAAAGAUCAAGAAACAGGAAGAGAAACGACGCAAACAAGCGGCUGAGCGAGAGGCAAAAGAAAAGGAAGCCCGAGUUGCAGCUCAGAGGGCAGAGCUGGAGGCAGCCAAGGAGCGUGAACGUCAGCUUCAACAUGAACUCGAAGAACUCGAAGAGCAAUCUUCGUCCGACGAUGAAGAAGGACCAGUUGAUAUCACCACCCCCCAGGACAGCACUCCAGCUCAAAGCCAAGUUCUGCCAAGUGCGGCUCCACCUAUACCAACGACAAUCGACAGGGAAGCAAGCCCAGAAAGCGAGCACCCUCCUGCCGAUAGCCCCGAGAUAGUUGUGACCGAGUCAAAGAAUCCCUAUUUCCGGUCAUUGAGCCAGACUACUGAAGUGCCUCCACAAGAUGCAUCUCCGGCCCCAAUCGCGCCCCCUUCGCCGGAAGUCCAAUCUACCAAUCCUUUCCAUCGACUUGUGCAACAACAGGAAACCGCGAAGCCCACCGCCAGUGCGCCCGCAGCCAUCCCAGGCCCCUUGGCUAGUAAGACUCGUACGCGUCCAGAAAUGGAUGACGACUGGUCUGCUGGCGAGUCAGAGGACGACGAUUCCGACGAAGAUGAUGAGCGUCCAGGGGGUGGAAGCGCCAAGCAGCUUGCCAGCAUUCUUUUUGGUACGAUGGGACCUCCUCGGCCGCUGAGUGCAACCGAUGAACAGAAACCUGCUACUCCUCCUCCUGCUCAAGAAAGCAGUCCUCCUGCGGCCGCUCCGCCACCACCACCACCACCUCCUCCUCCCCCAGCUUCUGAUGCUGAAACCGCUGGUGGACCGCCAUCAGCGCCGCCUCCACCUCCACCACCUCCUCCAAGUGGAAUGGCACCUCCUCCCCCGCCGCCGCCGCCUCCAGGUGGUACGGCACCCCCUCCUCCCCCUCCCGGCCCUCCUGUUGCCGUUGGUGGUGGAGGCCCUACGGAUCGCGGUGCUUUGCUAGCAUCGAUCCAAGCCGGAAGGGGAUUGAAAAAGGUAGAAACCAAGGACCGCAGCUCAAGCUCCCUUGCUGGCCGUGUACUGUGA